AACAAUUGUACAAUUAUUUGUAUUAUAUAUUUGUAGUAUUUAUUUAUAGAAUUUAUUAAUAAUUUAUGUUUUUAAUUAGUUGGUGUGAAUGAUAACCGCUUAAACUUCUGAUGUAUUUCUUCAUAAAUUACAGUUUCUAGCAUAACAAAACAAUUAAAGCUGUAGGUUCAGUUGGGCUGAGUACAAGGACAAUGACAGGGUUUGUACAUUUGUGAAGUGUUUUUAAUGAAGAACAAACAUCUGAGAACCGAAUGACAUAUUCCUUUACAGAACAACACCCAGAAAUCAACCAUCAGGCCAUUUAAGACAUUUUUGGAAUGAAAUACUUUUUCACUGUGUUUGUGUUUUUGUUUCAGGGUCAGAUAAUGUACGUUUCUGGUAGCAUAUCCCAUUUAUAAUAUGUACACAAGUGUUUUUACUUGUAAAUAAUAUAUUUAACAGUUAGCGUUUUAAUACAGAGAUAUCUGGUAAUUAUAUUGUAAUUUUCAUUCGACAGUUUCACGUUUUUUGAAAGCAUAUCAGCGGUCAGCCGGUCUUAUGUGAUUUUAGACACAGGACUUUUAUGGCGGUUUGUCAGUGACGACAUCAGGCGGCGGCGCGCUCUCCUGACUGUUGUGAAUAUACUCGAGAGUGUUUAACAUUAACGACCAAGAUUAUAAAGAUGGCGUUUGUUAAAGAGGAGAGUGAAGACGUCAAGAUUGAAGAAACAUUCACAGUCAAACAUGAAGAGAUCGAAGAAUCCUUCAGAGUCAAACAUGAAGAUCCUGAGGAACAAACAGACCUGAUGCUGCUGAAAGAGGAGAGUCGGGAGCUAAAUGAUAUGAAGAAGGACCAGGAUGAGGAACAGCACUAUUUAAAAAUAAUUAAAUUAAGUCCUACUCAAACAAAAACUUCAUCCAAAAAAAAAGCCCACAGAGGCAAAUCGAACACUUGCCAUCAGUGUGGAAAGUCUUUAAGUCGGAAGCAAAAACUUGAAGAGCACAUGAGAGUUCACACUGGAGAGAAGCCUUUCACUUGCCAAAUUUGUGGAAAGAAUUUCGCUCAAAUGCGAAGCUGUAAAGAUCACAUGAGAGUUCACACUGGAGAGAAACCUUUCACUUGCCCAAACUGCGGAAAAGAUUUUGCUUAUAAAAGAAGCUUUAAAGCCCACAUGAGACUCCACACUAGAGAGAAGUCUUUCAUUUGCCAAAUCUGUCAAGCGAAUUUCACUCAAAAACAAAGCUUUAUUGACCACAUGAGACUUCACACCGGAGAGAGGCCUCACACGUGCAAACUGUGUGGAAAGAGCUUUGCUCAAAAAGGGAACCUUAAAAGUCACUUGAUAAUUCACAGCGGAGAGAAGCCUUACACCUGCAAACAGUGCGAAAGCAGUUUCACUCAGAAGGUACACCUGGAAAAACACAUGAGAGUUCACACUGGAGAGAAGCCGUUCAGAUGUGAUCAGUGUGGAAAGAGUUUCACAGAUAGAUACUCUCUUCGUGUCCACAUGCGGAUUCACACCGGAGAGAAGCCUUACGCCUGCAAACAGUGUGGAAGCAGUUUUAUUCGAAAGGUAAACUUCGAGAGUCACAUGAAAACUCACAGUGGACAAAAGCCUUUCACGUGUGAUCAGUGUGGAAAGAGUUUCUCCGAUAAAUACAACUUUAGUUCCCACAUGAACAGUCACAGCGGAGAGAGCAAAUUUACAUGUCCUCAGUGCGGAAAAGGUUUCAGUUACAAAUAUAACUUCAACACUCAUAUGAGAGUUCAUACUGGAGAGAAGCCGUACGCGUGCUGUUGGUGUGGUGAGAGUUUCAGGCAUAAAUCAUCCCUCGAUGUCCACAUCAGAGUUCACACAGGAGAAAACCCUCAUGCCUGCGGACUCUGCGGGAAGAGCUUCAAACAAAAAGCAUCUCUUAAAGCACACAUGAGCAUUCACACUGGAGAGAAGCCGUUCACAUGUGUUCAGUGCGGAAAGAGUUUUAGAACCAAAGCAAACCUAAAUGAACACACAAGGAUUCACUUUAGGAGUGUAAACGGGUUAGAUGUCAGCAAUGUGUAGGUGUAAACAGGAAACACCAGAAGAGACAAUAGUAACUGGAGAGAUGUUUACCACCACUACCAAUAUUAAUCUCUCAUGAAUUCCUGUUAAUAUCUAUCUAUAGAUCUGUUUGGUUGUAAUUGUCAUUGUGUUUACUUGUUAGUAUGCAUUCUUUUAGCAUGUUGUAUGAGCAGCUUCAUUUUACCUUGUACGUCUGUUUCUUUAAGGAUUAAUUUUAUUUGUUACGCCAACAACUCACUGGUCAACCUCAGUGCUUUAAUGUUGUUUGUCCUGUUAUAAUAACAGCUGUUAUAAGCAUGAAUAAAAUCCCAAUCACUUUUAUAACAUAUGUCAUGCUUAUAAAGGUUUCAUGACAGUCUUAUGAACACCUCUUGAAGUAAAGUCUUGCGUUUUAUUCUUUAUUUCAUGUCUGUUCCAGGCAUAUUGGCCUAGAGUAUUUUGUUUUUGCUUUCGUUGUUGUUCGUUUUCUUCUUUUGAGUUAUUUUUCUUUUAGCGUCGCUACAUGAGCUAGCAUUUCCCUCAUGUUGGAGAGCCCCUGUCUGGGUUUUGUUAGUUUUCUCUUUUGAGUUUAUUUCUCUUUUUUUUUGCAAUACACAGAGCUGCAAUCUCUGACCCACUGUGCAAUAUCGUGAGUUGAUGCAUGACAUAAUUGUCUUUGGAUGUGUUAAGUAUUUAUUCUGUGUAUAUAUAUGCAAGUGUAACUUGAAUAAACUUGUAUC